AUGUCUCUGAAAAUAAAGACGAUGGUGGACAAGUUUGUGCAGGAGCUAAAUGAGGCUCUGGACGCGAACAUAUAGGACUGACUCAUGAAAGAGAUGGAGGUGCAGAGUUACAUUGAGGAAUGGGAACGCAAGGUCGCCGAGCGUGAAGUCGCUUGGAAAGCCGAACUCUCUCGUCGUAAGGUGGAGAUUGCCCGACAAGAAGCUAGAUUAAAGCUGGAAAGAGAAAUCCUUGAGAAAGAGAAAAGUGUGCUGAUGGGAACUGCAUCAAAUCAAGAUAAUCAAGAUGGAGCUCUUGAAAUCACAGUUAGUGGAGAGAAAUGUCGCUACCUUAGGUUUGCUAAAGCAAAGAAGUAG